AACAGUGAAAUAACCUUCCGCAUCUUAGAAAGAGUCAGCAAGAGUUAGUGACUUUGCUAAUCUGUACUUUUCCCUUUUUCCUCAUACUACGAAUUAAAUAUGCUGAAUCAAAUUGAUUACGGUAGCGUCCUGGUUGGAAAUGGCCCUGCCAAAAGGUACUCCGAUAAAUAUGAGGUCAAUAUCAAGAAAGCGCCUGACUUUUUCAAAAGGACACUCUCUCCAAUGACUACUACUUCAUCCGUGGUGGCUGUUAAGUUCAACGGUGGAGUCGCCGUAGCAGCAGAUGUUGGCGGUUAUUACGGUAGCAUGGCGCGUUUCUCAUCGCUCGAAAGGCUCAUCAAGGUGAACAACCAGAUCGUAAUGGCGUCCAACGGUGACUACGCAGACUUUCAAUAUAUGAAAGACGUCAUCGAGCAGAGAAGCAUAAGUGAAGAUAUAUUGGAAGACGGGUAUCAAAUGAAAGCCAUUUCCCUCUAUACAUGGCUCACGAGAGUGAUGUACUCCAGGAGAUCAAAGUUCGAUCCGCUCUGGAACAGUAUCGUCGUCGCAGGGUUCAGUGAUGGAAAAUCGUUUUUGGGAGCAGUCGACAAGUUGGGCCUUGCCUACGAGGACUCUUGCAUCGCGACAGGCAUGGGAUCGCACCUUGCCCUCCCGAUGUUGCGCGACUCCGUUGCAAAGAGCGGCGGUGUUGAGAAAAUGACUAAAGAUCAAGCCGUGGCCGUCCUGACAAAAUGCCUCGAAGUCCUUUAUUACAGAGAUUGUCGUUCACUCCCUGUGUUCAGGGUUGCUACUGUCACAUCGGAAGGCGUCAAUGUGAGCAAAGAGAAGGAACUUCAGAGCAACUGGGAAAUUGCGCAUUUCGUCAAAUAAAUUAAUUUUCUAUAAUAUUAAUUCGUGAUAAUUUUGUAUGUCAUAAAUAAAUGAUGUUGAAAUGUUCAUCUUUA